UUGUGUGUCGUUUCAUGAAAAAAAAUUUUUUAUAUUCAAUAUUGUAAGUGAAAAAUGUCUUCAGAAAUCGAUGAAAGGGUGAAAGAUGAAAUCGAAGCUUUAGAAGCAAUUUUAAUGGAUGAUGUUACCAUUCAAUAUAACGAAAAAGGGUGCCCUGAAAGCAUAACAACCGUAGUGUUUCCAUCAACUGCAGAUGAUGCUAAUCAACAAUUUGUUUGUGUUACUUUAGAAGUGAUAGUAACACCUAAUUAUCCUGAUUGUGAACCAAUAAUUAAACUACGUAAUCCUAGAGGUCUAGAUGAUGGUACUAUUGAAAAAUUAAAUCAGGAUAUUAAGGAUAAAUGCGUUGAGUUCAUUGGACAAUCUGUUAUUUUUGAAUUAAUUGAAUUAAUUCGAGAAAGGUUGACGGAUAGUAAUAUGCCAAGUUGCCAAUGUGCAGUCUGUUUAUACGGAUUUAUAAAUGGUGAUCAAUUUACUAAAACUGAAUGCUACCAUUAUUUCCAUUCGUACUGUUUGGCGUGUCAUCUUACGAAUACAGAACGGUUGUAUUAUGAAGAGCAAGAGAAAUUACCAGCUUGGCAGAAAGUUAAUAAAAGUUUCCAGCCAACAUGCCCUGUAUGCCGUGAACCGAUUAAUUGUGAUUUGGCUUCGUUAAAAGCUGCUGCACCUCCGUUAGAAGUUGAAAAUGCUAGACAAUUUGAAGCGACAGCGGAAUUACGUGCACUUCAAGCUCAAAUGGCAGCGUUAUAUAUAUAUCAACAGAGCCGUGGUGGCAUUAUUGAUGUUGAAGCUGAAGAAAGUAAAUUAGUAUUAGUUACUGGUGAUCCAUCUCUAGAAGAAGAUGAUAUUUCAAAUGAUCAUUCUUCUGAAACACCACCUGGACCAAGUAUUCGACAACACCAUUCAAAUUCAGUACCACAAAAUCAUCGUAACAAUACAUCAAAUUGUGUAUCACAAAAUAAAUCACAAUCGCAGCAGCAACCGCAACAAAAUAAACAACAAAAACAACAGAAUCAAGAAAAAAUACAAGAAGAGGAAGAACAAGACUCACGCCAUUCACAUAAAUAUUAUAGAGGUUUUAAUCGUAAUGGACGUAGGGGACGUGGUCGUUAUUCUCGUCAUAAUUCAAACAGAUAACGGUGGCUUAUCUUUUGGCCUAUCACUGUUAAAUAACACAUGAUGAUAUUUAUUAUUUUAAAGUAAAAUUUA